AUGUUUGGAUCAUCUAGAAAACAGUUCUCCGCUGUGACAGUUCACAUCGAGCGUCUCACAUCGGAGGAAUAUGAUGAGCACGAUAUGAGCGGCAUCCCGGAGCUUAUUGAAUCAAUAAAACUCCAAGACACGGGUCCUACGGAAGCUAGUAGAGCUAUUCGAAAGAAGCUCAAGUAUGGAAACGUUCAUCGCCAACUUCGCGCGCUCACAAUCCUCGAUGCCUUGAUUGGUAAUGCUGGUAUUCGUUUUCAACGCUCGUUUGCGGACGAACCUCUCCUCGAACGUCUCCGCAUUGCCGCAACGGACUUGAUGACCGACCCCGACGUUAAAGCAAAGCUGAAGGUAGUGUUCGGACAAUGGGCUGUAGCAUACAAGGAUACACAGGGCCUUCAAAGCAUUGCAAGCCUCUACAAGCAGCUCCCACAGCGCCAACGGCCUAGACCACAACCCAAGGUGCUCAGUGAGGUACCCGCAGACAACGAUAGAGAACCAAGCUCUUCUACUGGGCGCAAGGCGACCCCAACCUCGCCAAAAUCUCCUAAGCCAACUCCUAUCACACUCGGACAGAGUGCGGAUUUGGGUGUGGGACAAAAGGGUCACAAGAGUUCGUCAAAGAGCAAGUCAAAAACGCCGCCGUUCAGCCUCGAGAAGGAAAAGCCAGCGAUGUUACAGAGUCUUGCGAAUGCAUCUGUUGCGUCCACGAAUCUGAAAAACGCAUUGAAACUUAUCAACCGCGAGAAAGAGCGACCGUCUGGGAACCCGGAGGUUUUGAAGCGUUUCGAAGAUUGUAGGGCGCUGCGACGAAGUAUUUUACGAUACAUCCAACAUGUCGAAAGUGAACAGUGGCUUGGGGGGUUGAUACAUGCGAACGAAGAACUAGUAGAGGCGUUGACACUUUAUGAGGUUCUCGACAAGCCAAUUGAGGAGGACUCAGACAGUGAAGACGAGGGAUGGAAUGAUCCUCCAGACAGAAGCGUAGAUUCUGUUAGUCAAGGGUUUGGUAAUAUGCGGAUGCAUGAUGGAGAGGAGAAUAGGCCAUCAAUGCCGCCUAGACCUGGAAUGGCAAAGGGGAAGUCGACGGCAUAUGAGAGUGAGCCCGUGGAAGAACAGGAUGAAGAGGAUCCAGACGAUCCCUUUGGGGAUAACCAGUACAGGAUUGAGGAGCCAGAGGAUAAAAGGCCUUGGAGAGUGGUUUGA